GUUCGAUCGGUUAGGAAUGUGCUACUUAUACAAGUUACAUGAAUGAUAUAUUUAUUAUUAAUAGUAAUUAUUGUUAACUAAUAGUAUAAUACACAUUACCUGGGAUUUAGAGUUAGGUCUUAGCCAUAGAGCUAAGCGGUCGUUUCAUCUCAUUUGGGGGUACCUAGUAACUACACUAUUUCCCCUCAACAAUCCUUUCUCCAGUUGAACCCCCAUACCCCAAAAAUGCCAAGACACCGAAGAAGAGCCUCGUCUCCCCAAUAUCAUGCCUUCUAGUCCUUCUUUUUGCGUAACUUUUUGCCCCGCCAUAUGGGGAUCAGUCUUUGAUUUUUUAAUGGAUGAACCGGUGGACUGUAAGUUUUCAUGAUGCUGGUUGGAUAAAAACCUUGACGCCGCCCAAAUUCUUAUUUUCAUUCCUAGCUUCUGUUGAUAUAGUCUGUCCCUGGACUAGCUAAACAGAACCAUCUUUAUUCGACCAUAGUCCUACCAUCCACUGGCUUCAGAAGCGAAGAGGCUGGGCACAUAAAGACUACCUACAUAGGCUACCUAUUGCUAGGUACAUGUAACAAUCCAUUAUGGCCGACGACGAGAUCACACGGGCAGAGCCUGCUCAAGUACCUGGCGCAAAACGGAAUGUGGAAACUCUAGAGCAUCCACCAACUCCAGUUCCUGAAAAUACCGACAAGCUUCUUGCUGCUAGAUCGAUGGAUUCUGCCCACCGCACUCGCGUAGAGAAGUCGCUGAAGCGUAAACUUGAUGCCCGAUGCUCUCUUUUCGUCGUCAUCUACAUUCUCAACUACCUCGACCGCAAUAACAUUGCGAGCGCACGUCUCAAGGGUCUCCAAACAGACUUGAACCUCGAUGAUACACAAUAUGCGACUUGCCUAAGUAUCCUAUACGUGGGGUACAUUCUCAUGCAAGUCCCAUCCAACAUGUUCAUCAACCGAAUCGAACGACCAUCACUUUACAUUUCUUGCGCCAUGUUACUCUGGGGUCUCAUCUCCACACUCAGCGGAAACACCCAAAACUUUACCGGCAUGGUAGUCGUGCGAUUCUUUCUAGGUUUCAUCGAAGCCGCUUUCCUCCCAGGAGCACUCUUGAUCCAGUCCAAGUGGUACACACGAAAAGAGCUGACAACGAGAAACGCCAUCCUAUUCUGCGGCAACAUCAUCUCCAAUGCCUUCUCAGCUCUCGUAGCUGCCGGUGUGUUGUCAAACAUGCAGGGCGUUUUGGGUCACGCUGCGUGGCGAUGGCUGUUUUGGAUUGAGGGUGCCAUUACUAUGGCGAUUGCUGUCACUGCCGGAUUUGUGCUUCCCGAUCUACCUCACAACUCUCGCGGAUUCACCGAGGAGGAACUUCAGGUUGCACAACUGAGAAUGAUCGAGGAUGUCGGCGAGGCUGAUAUCGACAGCGCCAACCAGGGCGUGUUCGAUGGCCUCAUCAUGGCUGUUAAGGACGUCAAGAUUUAUCUCAUGAUGCUUACCUUUACUGCUUAUGUCGUUGGGCUGUCCUUCAAUGCCUUCUUCCCAACCCUUACUGGUACACUUGGGUUUGACUACGUCCCGACUCUACUCAUGAGCUCACCACCGUGGGUCUUUUCAUGCAUCGUUUCCCUUUUCAAUGCUUGGCACGCCGACCGAACUCAGGAAAAGUUUUGGCACAUCACCGGCCCCAUUCUCGGCGGAAUGGUCGGCUUCGUGAUCAGCAUGUCGACGCUGAACAUUGCCGCCCGAUACGUCGCACUGUUCCUCCAAGCCAGCUCGUACGCCGGAUUCAUCGUCUUCUACUCGUGGAUCAGCUCAUCCUUCCCUCGACCUCCUGCCAAACGUGCCGUCGCGAUUGCACUCAUCAACGCCUUUUCGCAACUAGGCAACGUGGCGGGUAGCUAUGUGUGGAACUUGAAGGACAACGGAUACCGCCAGAGUUACGGUAUCGUGACGGCCAUGUUCGGUGUUACCAUCAUUGGCUGUCUCGCAUUCCGAUCCAUUCUAUCAGGUCUCAACCAGAAGCUCGAGGAAGGCGAGCAGGCAUGGGAAGCACAGCCCGAGGCUUCGCAUACGGCCGGCUCCGAGAUCAUUGAUAGUCCCGACGAGGCACUGCGGAUGCAGAAGGGAUUCCGAUACUUGGUGUAAGGAAGGAAGGGAAGGGAAAGGAAAGGGGAAUUGCUGUUUAUGUGUAGGUACAACGAGGCGAAAUUCAAGAUACCCUAGCAUUUCUUCGACUGGGAUGAGGAUGAGGAUGUUGAAGAUGUGUCGCAAUAUGAAUAUGAAUAUGAACAGAGGAA